CGGAUCCGAACAGCCUGGCUGGUUUACCGGACGGAGACUGCCGGAAGUUUAGAUUCCCAGACUGUUUGGACAAUCCGACGUAUCGAGCGCCUCGGUGUCAAUCUAGCGCAACAGCUUCACGAGACGGAGUCACAGGGAAUAUGCUUUCUGUCCAUUCCUUCUAACCAUCAACGUUAAAUAUUCAAUCAAUUAUCUCUUUAUUUCUUUCUUUCUUUUGCUCAAUUGUAUACCUAGUUUCAGUGGCAUGACAGAACCUUGGGCUUUCCAGGGCGGGACGCCGCUGUCUGACACCCCUGAAUCUGAUCUGGCAUCUCUUUCACCUCGAACCGCGCUACUAUCACCUCCCUAUGAGAACGCCGAGCUAACCAGACCACGCCAUAUCAACGGCGCCCCCAACAACAAAUUCCGUCACGAGCGAGAACGUGUUCACGCAGCUGCGAGUGCUCGUGACCUCUUACGACUCUUAGUAAACGAGGAGUAUGAGGCGAAGCAAACUCGCAAAGUGCUCUAUACUGCAUUAGACAGGUUGGACGCCGAAAGUCGUCGUGCCGAAGAAGCAGAGGUCCAACUAGCAGAGACUUUGGAACGUACGAGGUCUAUCAAUGAGGCUCGCGUUGCUGCCCAGCAGGAGGCAGCUCGGGCGCAGGAGGAACUGAGGCUUUACAAGCUGCAACUCGAUAAUGCGCAGAGAGAAAUUCUCAGAGCUCAAGAUAUACUUGGAGUCAUUGAAGCCCAGAGGGAUGACGCAGAGGCUGCGGCUGCUGACGCGCGCUCAAAGGCUCGAAAAUUGACUGAAGAACGCCUGAUUGAGCUCGCGAGGGAGGAGGGUCGCAGACUCGGGUAUGAAGAAGGCAUUCGACGCGGUCGCAAUAUGGGUUACCGAGAUGGGCGCGUCGUUGGUAUUGAUGAUGGUCGGUCUCAAAUGCGAGAAGCCGCUGCCGCUACCCUCGAUAGGCUGCUCGACGCACAGGAAGAAGCAGAGACAGCUCCUGUAGUUUUACCUCCUCAGCCCGCACCAAUAACACUCACGCCAGAGAGCCAAACCGCACCAGAAGUCCUCCGUGUUUCAACACCUGUCUCAACUUCACUCGAUGGCCGUCGUAACUCCAGUUCUCGUCGUAAUUCCGAAUCUGAUUCCGCCAGUCGAAUGAGCGUCCCACGCGCUCCUGACCCCAUAGUAAUGCCCGUCAUGGUUGAACACCCGCGGUCCAGGACAGAUCCCUCCGUCACCAGUCAAUCUUCUCGUUCGCAUUCACAACCCCAACCUUGGCCCACGUCAGAUCGUUCUUCAGCUCGGUCACCCUCGAUCAGACCGAUUCCAGUGCACAAUUCUGUUCCUAGUGUUCAGCACUCAGAGUUUCAGGUCCCACCGGACAACUACAUACCAACCCUGGACAAGGACCAGCGUAUUCCUCUUCCUCCCCCGCAUGAACUUAGCCGUAAUCUUUCUUCAUCGUCACUAUCACAACCUGUCGCUGGUCCAUCCUCAGAUUCUGUCAGAACGUUCGACUAUCCCCCUCGCCGUGCCUCUCCGGAGUCGCAAGCGUCAACGAAGAUGUCUAUGUCUCAAUCCUCCACCAUAUCGGCGCUCGAGAUUAUCGGCUUACCCAAUAUGACGAGUCGCGACAAACGUCGAGAGCGCAAUGGUCUGAGUAUUAUCCACGAAGAUGCAAGCAUCGCAGCCGACCAUGAAACUGUGACUGGAUCUGAUGCGGGACACCAUUACCGUCGCAGCGAAAGAGACACAGACAGUGAAGUGACCAGGCACACACGGAGAAACCCAUCAAAGCAAAGGCUUGCUGACGAGCUGAGAUGGUCUAACCCAUCCGAGGCUGAGGAAUGGCGUCGAUAUGGCGCAGACAAGACUUACAUGCAGAGUUCUAAUGCUCCUCUCCGUCCUCGCCCAACGAACGUGACAACGCCCAACCCGCUCUCCCCUUUAAACUCGGAUGACGCUAACACACCUCUGCCUCGGCGUCACCGACAUUCAAGGACAGUGUCCACUCCUGGUCAACGAGAGUCGACCGCACAUGACCACCGAAGAGUCGUGUCAUCGGACAGCUCUGUCCCUGAAAUAACCGUCGAGCCCCCGGUAAGUGGUAUUACCCGCCCGAGAUAAACGCUAAAACUAAGCCUUGACAGUCUCGCCCUCCCUCUGACGCGCCA